CGGUAAUGUUUAUUCAACAAAACAACAUACAUGCACUGGAUACUGGCGAGGCAAAGCAGUGAGUCAGACAGACAGACGGGGCCCUUUUUCGUGAAGCUGCAGUAGGAAACAGGAUCACCAUACCAGCACUAGCAUAGUGUCGGAUACAGACGUGUACACGAGGUUGCAGCCAAACGACUAAACCACGUCAUACCAGAGGAUUAAAAGCGAGCAUUCAUUUACUACCAGCAGUCAUGGCUACCACAUCAACGUCAGCAGCGACAAACACCACAAAGGCGCCCGUCGCCCUCGUGACAGCUGGCAGCGCCGGUCUGGGCGCGGCGGGAGCUCGCCUCUUCGCAGCGAAUGGGUAUCGCGUCAUCGUCAACUACAACUCUAACACGGCACGCGCCGAGGCGCUGCUGGCCGAGUUGCUUACCAUCUCGGGCGGCGCCACCUCCACGACGGCCGACUCAUUGAGUAGCCGCAGCAGUAGUAUGCACAAGCUCAUCAAGGCCGACAUGGGCGACCGGUCGCAGAUCCAGGCGCUGGUGGCCGAGACGGUGGCUUUCGCCGGCGGGAUUGACGUCAUCUUUAGCAACCAGGGGUACACGCACAUACGCGGCUGGGACUCGCUAGAUGACAACGUCUUUGAGGACGACUGGGAUCGCUGUUUCAACGUCAACGUCAAGAGUCACCUGUGGCUGCUGCACGCCGCCAAGCCGUAUCUCGAUGAGGUCGAGGGCUGCAUGGUUGUGACAUCUUCGCUUGCUGGGGUCAGGCCUGGAGGGAGCAGUUUGGCAUACUCCGUCACGAAAGCCGCACUGAACCACCUGGUCAAGGGUCUGGCUGUACUGGCAGCACCAAGGAUUCGGGUUAACGCGGUGUGUCCUGGGUUGAUGUUGACGGAAUGGGGUUUGAACUUUUCAAAAGAGGUCCAAGAAUCCAACAUUGCGCGCAGCAAACUCAAGCGCGUUGUAACCCCAGAGGAGACGGCUGAGCAAGUUCUCUGCUUUGCCAGAAGCAAAGGGGUGACUGGUGUCAAUGCCGUUAUUGAUGCCGGGUGGUCCCUGUAAAAAAAUAAAUAAAAAAAAAAGACAUCCACAUACUGAAUAUAUGAUGAUGCGGGUGGCGCGCUUGGGAGCAGAUACUGGGGCGGGGGACCAGUUCAUGAUACUCUAGUAAAAGUAUACAAUUUACUAGGCUUUGAAGACUUUCCAGAUCAAAUCCGAUCAGAACAAACGCUAGGCUACCUAGGCGGUUGGUCUCGAAGUCUAUAUGCACGGACCGACUGCCUAUCUAGGUAGGAAUUCCAACCUUGACUCAUAUUGUGAUUUACUGUACUUUGUUCUUUUAUCCGGGCUG